UAUGCGGUGUGGUGUUGUCGGGCCUCUGCCGGAUCCAACCACGCCUGCGAGACCCAGGGCCGCAUCUCCUUUGCCUGGGGCGGGCUGCAUGCUUCUGCUUCCUUGCUCGCCGCCAUCGCCGCUUCCAUCAGUCGCCUAUCGAGACGGGCAAGCGAAGCGUCCGCCGCUGCUCACCGCCGCCCACCGUCGCCCAUCCAUUCAGCUCUCCCUCCAGAGGCAGCCAGAGACAGCUACCUGCUCCAACCCGUCCGAGCGUUGGGCAAACCGUGAAACCAUCUUGAGCAUCCUCCACUCUUCCAAUGACAGCAAUGCACCCUAUCCAGCCCAAGGGCAGCCCGCACACCUCGACCGAUGGUGGAGGCACCCCCGUGGCCUCCUUUCAGACAAGAAUCCGCCUCAAUCCUUCGACGACGUCGCUCGCAAUGUCGGCAAGGAGCCCAAAUCUGGCGCUGGCCACCGAGACUGGAAUAUGCAUCGUCAACCUCCACGAUAGAGCUCAGUCGGCUCAAAUGAUACCCUACCACAACCAUGCAGAUGUCUCGGAAAUGCAGUGGAGCCCGCAUACAGGAUCAAGCCACUUGCUUGCAUCCACGCAAUCCAGCCACAAGGUGCUUAUCUGGGACACUCAAGCGUCGACCGACCAGAAAGCCGUCAGCUAUGUCUUCCGGGGACACACUCGAGCCGUGAGCAGUCUGCACUGGUCGCCCCUUGACCCGCAGAUGCUGGCAACAAGCUCAUUUGACGGAUAUAUCUACACCUGGGAUCUGCGAGCCGGGGACAGGCCAGCAUCCAAGUUUUGUGGAUGGAAAGUCGUCAACCAUAUCCGAUGGAGCCCCAGCGACGAGCACACGUUCGUAACUUCACAAGACACGAAUCUCCAGAUCUGGGAUACUCGGAAACCUGUUAUGAUCAGCGAUACACAUACAGGACACAGCAAGAAGAUCUGUGGCCUUGACUGGAGUCCGAUGCAGAACAAUGAACUGAUCACAUGGAGCUUGGACGAGCAGGUCAAGUUCUGGAAUACUCGUCAGAUUCAUCAGCCCCUCAGAAUGAUCUCGGCCGGAGUUCCAAUCUGGAGAGCCCGCUUCACGCCCUUUGGAGCUGGCGUGGUGACGCUUCCGCAGCAGGUCGAAAAGUCGCCCUGUCUUUGGAGAUCUCGGUUUGGGUCAGUCAGUCGUCAAGGCAGCACCGACGGCUACCUAUCCCCGGCUAUGAGCGUUAGUGGCGAAAUGGGGGCCACAAAGCCCGUCCACACAUUUGAGCAGUGUUUCGAUGUGGCACGAGACUUUUUUUGGAACUUCGAGACCAGCAAAGACGGCGAAGAUGCGGUACAACUUGUGACAUGGUAUCGCAACCAGCAACUUCACCUGCAAACAGUCCCUAGACAUAUCCUUGCUUACAUCGGAUACUCGCCAAGGGUACCCAAGUCUGCUGCUGCGACGCCUCGAUACAACUACAGUUCAAUCGGCACUGGGAAUGAGCAAUCGCAUCCCGACUUGCCCUAUGAGCCAGUUGCUUCAUUGCUGGUCCAUUCAGACAACAAGCCAGAUGGACUCGGGCUGCACAACUUUUCGCAAUACUCAGGCGAUGCCUCCUUUGAGGCAAACCAAGGGUUGAUGCCAAUCUCUGGUGCAGAGCUUUUGAGAAUAGAAAUCGCGGAGCUGGGCAACAAUCACGGUGUGGCCGUCAAACAGAUCGAUGGUCUCGUGUGCACGAUCACAAGCUCCAACAGCAUGGCCCUCGCGGACUCGUCGAUUACACAGGAGGGGCAAUUUGCCAGUCCAGCCCAAGACCAGCAGCCGUCGUUUGUGGUCCCGCCCCUGGAGAUAGAGCUCUACUUCGAAGCAGACUAUCCGGAGCGGGGCCCGGACAUCAAGAGCAAUCACGGUGAAGUCUUCCAAUCGCUGAUAGAGAACCUGAGGCUGAUCAUAAGCAGCUGCGAGCACCGGCGUGAAGGAUGUCUCUUCCAGCUGGUUGAUUACAUUCGUCACCGAGAGAGCGCCGAGAACAGCCCGCUCAAAGGGGGUGAGAUGUCGCAGUCGAGUUUGGGCCUGAUAGAUGGGCAAAUCCUGGGAACGGCCGAGUCUCAGCAGCCGCGCCCUUGGCAAAUCAACUCUGUUGUGGCUGUGCCCGCCAGUGACGACGAAGCGUCGCUUUCGUCGGACGAGGACAGUACGGGCCAGCCUGGCAUGUUCAGCAUCGUCGAUGCGGCGCAUCGAUCCAAGCCCAACACUCCGGUUAACAAAAGCGACAAUACGCCGUAUCCGCGACUGAGCUCGGCAGUAUUCUCACCAAGCGGCAAGCUCGUGUACUUCCACUCGCGAAUCCCGAGCCCAAAAUCUCAGAACUGGUCCGUCGUUGUCAAGCUGGCAAAGUCGUCAAAGUACUUGAGCCGGCGCUUUGACUGUCAGCCCGAGACAUACGAGCUCUAUCUGAGCUACUGCAAGUUUCUCAGACUCAAGCAUCCGACAAGCUAUUCCUUUUUGGCUAAUCCAGCCGCCGCAGUCGCUGUGGCUCCACCCGCGACGACCGGUUUUGGCUUCAACCCCAGUGUCGCCAUCGGACACCCAGUCGUAUCUGCAGACCCGGCUGAUCCCGGCAGCUUGGAGAUCAGCGCCCACGAAGACCCGAUGAAAACCCUCGAUAGCUGGGCUCACGAUGAUAUAGAUGGCGAGGUUCCACAAUUGCUGUGGGAGGAGAUGAAUCGCUUUGAAAACAUACGCCCUGCUGAUGUUCUGGCGAUGCUGGCUCAGAAGGAAGCCAAUGCAGCUCCACAUGCAGCUCCACAUGCAGCAGCUCCCCCAGCACCACCCGCUGCCGUUGAGUGGGCUACCGCACAACAUGGCUCUCCAAAUCCUCUCGUAGACCCGACCGAGGCGGCUGCGGCUGCACUGGAUCCCCAAAACGACUCUCGGUCGUCAUCGCCGCAUCCUGAAGUCGGGGCCGAUGUCGACGCUGGGGCAGACGCCGGGGCAGACGCUUGGACUGACGCUGACGCAGUGUCCUCGCAUGCGAUCGACAUCGUGCCCAAGAUUAUUCAAACCGACGGAUUCAGCGUGCAGAGCCUUGAUACUGAUGCAUACAUUCCUACCAAGGCGGCCAAGAAGCAGCUGGCUCUGCCCGUCACGAUCAAAAAUCUGCAGCGCCUCGAGGAUUUCGACAAGGAGCUUGCAGAGCGAUACAUUCUCUCUGGCGAUGACCUAGCAUCCAUAUGCCUCCACAAUGCAAAUGUCGCCAAGAGCCUGGACCGACCUGACCUUUUCAAGAUCUGGGGCAUGGCGUCGCUGAUCGUCGGGGAGGACUCCGAGCUAAAUGAGACACAGUCCAGGCUCGGCAAAGCCGUGUCGAGUCGAUCCAAGGAUCCGAUCCGUCGCGAAAGCAGUGUGGCCCAAGCACGAGACAAGAAACCAUCCGGGAGUGGCUCGGUGCUCUUUCUGGGGGCCAAUCCGAUUGGUUGGCAUCUUGUCAAGGCAAUAUACACCCACCUGCGGAGGGUUCGAGACUACCAAACACUGGCGAUGCUCUCGUGUAUAUUCUCGACGUGUUACAACAAGAGCACACAUUCGACGCCGGUCGAGACCAUUGCCCAUGUCGUAGAUGGCCAUGUGCGUCCCACGGUGCGCCCGGAAGCCAAACCUUUCAAGCCAAAGGCGCGCAGCCAGCGAUGGUCGGAUAUUGUGAGGCGCGCGAGCAGCGAGUCUGUCGAAGUAAAUUCCUCGAACGAAGAGCAGCCGGCUGGCAGCGAGCCACGAUCUAUCUUUGGCACGUUCAAGGUACCGCAGUCUCCGGCGGAUGCGUUCUUGGACAUGACUGGUGUUCGAAGUCUUGCGGGCCGCGAGGCGACAUAUCCCAAUCCUAAGCCGGCUUCGAAAGACGCAGUGGCCUACCGCCAAUUCCCUGGCAGCAACGCUCUUCGACAACGCAGCGUGAAUGUCCGCUCGCUCAACUCCCCAGCGGCAAUUGGAUCCGAGGGUGCAGGCAUAGCCGAGGAGACCUCUGCCCCGACUCGCCGUAUUAAGCUCGAGAUUUUGCCAAGCUCGGCCGAGGGACAGGCCAACAUCGACAGCUCACACGAAGCCAGCAACCGCUCCCAGUUCUUGAAGUACAGCGAGAUUGGGGCCGGCGAGUUCAACAAAUGGAAGCUGAUCUAUGCAAACGUGCUCUACCAGUGGGGAUUCCUUGACAAGAGCGCCGAGGUGCUGCAGUACAUGCGGGACAGCCCCGAAAGCAAGGAGCGCUCGAUGCAGUCUACGUUCGCAUUUGGUCUGCGUUGCCCGCACUGCGGGGCAGAGAAAUCCAAGGGCACACCGAACGGCCAAAGCCAGACCGACGACGGCAAAUGCUCAAAGUGCAAUCAACUGCUCAAGCUGCAAUGCAGUAUCUGCCAGCUGCCGUGUCCCAAGGGCCUGACGACGUUCUGCAUGGUCUGUGGGCACGGCGGCCACAUUGACCAUCUCCGGGGGUGGUUCCGCCAGAGCAGCGACUGUCCCACGGGGUGCGGAUGUCGAUGUGGUGAUUAUGGACCUGGCGACGCUGUCUGAAUGUCAUGGCCCGCAUUCCUUGGCGACACUGGAGAGCACUACUUUGGAUGCAAGGAGCCUGUGCGAGUGGCGGCACCGAGACGAACGAAUGACCAAGCAGGUCAAGUGAGCCAUGGGAAUAUAUCGGUGUGCUUGCAAACGCCGGUGGUGAUCCAAGAGACGAGAGUGUUCCUCAGCGGAGUGCCUGAACCAUGCUACAGUCGGUCCAGAAAGAAACGGGACAGUUCCUUCCUGGCUUCAGAUGUCUGAACCCCGCUGACUGACUGUAGGCCCAGUGAGCAAGCCGUGAAAUUG